AUGGUCAUGAAAGGGGAUGGCCCUAUGGUCGUUGGCCUGAUGUGGUCGAUGGCCGUUCUCUGUACCCUCUUCACGGUCCUUCGAACCUACACUCGAACUGUUAUCGUCAAGUCUUUUGGAGCAGAUGACAUUGUUUUCAUAGUCGCCUGCUUGAUGUUCAUCAUGUAUACCAUAUUUCUUACAAUCAGUGCCUCGAUCGGCUUCGGUCAGAAUAUGUGGGAGAUUCCAGAUGUCGAUGUCCCUCCGACGGUGCUCUACUCGGCAAUCGGACAGACCUUCUCCAUCUUUGGCAUGGCCAUUGCUAAAUGGUCGCUCGGCCUGUUUCUGCUCCGUCUCGUCUGUACCACGAUGCACAAGAUCGCCAUUUGGCUCCCCCUCGUUCUGUGCUUCCUUACAUCCGUUCUCUGUGCUGCCUUCUUCUGGUUCGGCUGUGCGCCCAUCGAGGCUGUAUGGAAUCGUGCUCUCCCUGGGUCUCACUGCAACGUGUUACCAAGAGUUCCCAUGUACUAUGUGUAUGGCAGUACCUUGGUUUUUACUGACUUCUACUUCGCGAUAUUCCCUUGGUUCUUCAUUUGGAAAUUGAAUAUGAAGAAGCGCGAGAAGAUUGUGGUCCUAUGCAGCAUGAGCCUUGGUAUUUUUGCGGCAGCAUUCGGGAUCUUACGGUGUAGCCAAAUCUCCGGGUUGACGAGUCCAAACUUCCUCAAAGCCGCCGUGCGGAUUAUUCUCUUCGCUGCGGCCGAGCAAUGCGUCACGAUGAUCUGUAUCGGAAUUCCUGUCUGCCGUCCCCUCUACCGAGAAUACCUCAAUAGGCUGGCGUCGCGCGACUCGAGCAACUGCAAUCAAACGUCGACAAUCCGAGACUGCCACCUUCCAACAACGGGAGAACUGAUCCGGCAUACAUCAACGUCCGAGGCAGGCUUCUAUGCAGAUGAGAAUCGCAGCGACGAAGAGGUUUUCGCCUGUGAACAAAGGAGAAGCUCCAGAGCCGCCGUGGACCCUGAAAAGGGGGCCAUCAGAGGGACGGAAGAAUUCGAAGUAGCCGACACUACUAAGGCUUAG